AUGGUAGUUUACCGUCCACCAUAUACGAGUAAGCAUCGAGCUCCAAUUGGCCUGUUCUUGACGGAAUUCCUUAGUCAUCUAGAAUCAUUGUUACUAUGCAAGGAGGCCUUAGUGAUCUGUGGCGAUUUUAACAUCCACGUUGAUUCCAUCGAAGACGCUGAUGCAGUGAAGUUCUGUGAUCUACUUGAGUCGGUUGGACUGAAACAGUACGUUAAUGAAGCCAUACGUGGGAUGGCCACACUUUGGAUUUAAUUAUUACGCGCGUUUCUGAUUAUAUUAUUAUUGGGCAACCCAAAGUGGAUCGGUAUAUUUCAGAUCAUGCAUCUGUUAUUUGUAGUCUAGCCACAGCUAAACCAAUUCUGGAAAAGAGUAAAGUUAGGUACCGGAAAUUGAAAUCUGUGGACCUUGAUGCCCUGAAACAUGAUUUAGUGGCCUCUGGUUUGUGUAGAGCUUCCCGUGGUGAUUCAGACAAUAAGUUGCCUGAAGAAAUUGAUGCUGUUGUGAAAGAGUACAACUCUAUUUUAACCCACUUGACUGACUACCAUGCUCCAUUGAAGACUAAGAUAAUCAGAGCAAGAACAUCUGCCCCUUGGUACAGUGCUGAAAUUGAUACUGCAAAAAGGCAACGCCGGAAGGCGGAGAGGGCUUGGCGAAAAAGUAAGUCGUUGACUGAUUUUAAAUUAUUCAAGAUUAAGAAAAAUUAUGUGACAUACUUGAUUAAUAAAGCACGAAGAGAAUAUUAUAGUGAUUUUAUUAACAGUAACGGUGACAAUAAGUCCAAGCUUUUUCGUGCAGCGAAAAGUUUGCUCAACGCAACUAGUGAGAUUUGUUUUCCGAACUCACCCGAUAACACCGUGCUUUCGAAUGAUAUCGGCGCAUAUUUCGUUAGCAAGAUUGCGAGAAUCAGAGCUGAAGUAGACGCUAUGGUUCUUGACUCACAGUCAAAUAACCUAGUGCCUGAUGACAUCAAGUUUAUAUCACAGAGAGGUGGUGCUUUGAUCCAUUUUCGAAAGCUUAGUCAGGAAGAAGUGCAAAUAUUAGUUAUGAAAUCGGCUAAGAACUACUGUUCUCUUGACCCAAUGCCAACGCCGCUGGUAAUGGAUUGCCUGGAUACGUUACUACCAGUAAUUACCCAUCUUAUUAAUUCCUCUUUGGCUAAUGGCUACUUCCCUAAGAAUUGGAAAGAAGCAUAG